GCACUGCGCAUGCCCGAAGAACUGGGAGAUCUGUAUAUGUGUUUAUACGUGUCUAGUGUAAAAUGCGUCGUUAGAGAUUUCAGAGUGUCAAGAAGUCGCUUUUGUUUACAUCUUCUGCAAGUAACCGCGAGUAGAAAGUACCAGUGGUGUAAGAGGUUAAUGCGUGCGUCUGAAGUCGUUUCAAGGCUGGUCUACAAUACAUGGACAGCCGGAUAUCGCGCGGAUAUCAGAUCAAGUAAAACAUGAACGCGUACAGUGUGAGCACGUCCGACUUUGUGAAUUUAACGAUCACAAACUCCGGCGCGGAGUCAAAUUGGGCGACACGUCGAUUCCGGAAGGGUAUAACCAUUCAUGAACUCAAGGGCAACCUGGAGCUUCUCACCGGCGGUAAUCCAGCUACGAUGACCGUGGAACUUUAUGACGACAAUGACAAAUUCAUGUGCAAAUUGGACGAGGAGGAGCGUCUCUUGGGAUCGUAUCCUGCCAAUGACGGGAUGAGGAUACACGUUGUCGAUAACUUUGCAGCCAUGGCCCCUGAUGCACUGAGCAAUGUGCAAAAGUUUGAGAUAUCCGAGGAGGAGUACGCCAAGAAACAAGACACUGUUAAAGCGUACUUGGAGAAGAACAAGCUGGGAAAGUACAAUGAGGAAGACAUGAGAAGGAAAGCGGAGGAGAAGAAACUGGAGGAGGAGAUGGAGGAACGCUUGGCUAGUUUAUGCAAAGUUGGAGACCGCUGCGAAGUGUCCACUCCAAAUCAGCCGAGGCGAAGGGCUACUGUCUUGUACAUUGGCAAAACUGAAUUCAAAGAAGGCUGGUGGAUCGGUGUUAAAUACGACGAGCCUCUUGGCAAGAAUAAUGGAAGUGUCAACGGUAAAAAAUACUUCGAAUGUCCCCCAAAGUAUGGUGGAUUUGUAAAGCCAGCGCACGUAAAGGUCGGAGAUUUUCCCGAGGAAGAUUUCAACAUGGAUGAAGAACUGUGAAGCGUUAUUAUUAUCCGUUGAACAUUUUUUUUAUGAAUUUUUAAACUUAAUUUAAUCCAUUAAUUUUUGCACUCGAUUAUGUUGA